UAACACUUUAUUCACGCAGUAUAUACACAACACACACACACACACAUAUAUACAUACAAAUACCGUUUAGUUGUCCCCCAAAACCAUUUUAGCUUAGGGUUUUAAUUUAUUGUCUAAGGGAAGUACGCAUUUGUAAGUACUUUUUGCUAUUGCGACAAGACCUGGGAUAACACACACACACACACUCAACACGCAGAGAGAACAGAGAGUAGAGAAGAGAACAGUACAGAACAGAACAGAACAAAGGGCGCUUGAAAUAUUUAAAAGAAAAACAUCAAAAUUAUAUAUAAAAUAAAAAAGGAUAAAAAAAAGGAUCGGCGGCAGCCGUCGGCGUAUAGGGACAGACACCCGAACUGAACAUCGAUCUAGUCAUACCGUUUGCUAUGUAAAUUGAUUUGUGCUUCUGAUUUGACAACCACGCCAGACGAUACGACGAUAUAGACGAUGCCUGGAACGAUACUCGAAUAUGCAGAAGGGCGGAACGACGGAUGAUUCGUGUGUUUAUCAACUGGGUUGGGGAAUGAGGUGAGGCGGCGGCCAGCAUAUAUACAACAUCCCUUCGUCCCUCUCCCCCCCCCCCCCCUCUCCAUACCAUAACAUCAAUAUGUCAAUUCUCUUCAAUUCAUGUGUUACUGAUCGAUCCCCAAAAAAAUACAUACAUACACUCUUGAUAUUUCAACUUUCAAACAACUUUGUAUGGUGUUUUUUUCUUUCAAAUAUUCAUAUGAUUACAAGUCCUGCUACAAUGCGAAACGAAAUUAAAAACCAUGUUCAUACAUUGAUGUCAUAGUUAAGAAUUUAAAAAAUAAAAAUAUGUAUGAAUUCUUCGAUGUGUGUUUGAACUAUAUAUAGCAAAUGCGCUGAAAACUAAAAUACAAAAUUAUUCAAAUCAAUAAAUUAAAUGCCAAAAAAAAAACACAUUCCAUUUGUUGUCACAUUUUUAACCCAAGCAAAUGGUUAGCGUUAAGCUUCGCUUUCGCCAGAGGUUUAUUGAAUUCCUGCUGAAAUAACAAAAUUAUUUACUGAACGAGCGCCAUUUCAAUCGCCUUUUAUAAUAAUCUGGCUGGCAACAAGAACAUUCUAGCUGUUGCGAAAUAUUUAGCAGGCUUGUGUCAAUUCAAAACGAUGUCAGUUGAAGGUUAUGGCUGGUAGAUUCAAAUCGAUGUAAGUUGAAGUCGUUGAAGAUUUGGAGCAUGGCCAGCCAAAAUAUAAUCAAAUCUUAAAAGGAGAGAGAAACUAAAGCGCGACAGCAGAACGAAAGAAAAACGCAAGAUAAAUAGGAAAUAGAAUAAAUGCUCUUUUUCCGAUACAAUAUUUUAUAUCGCACAAAAGCAUCGAUACAUCUGCGGAAAUAUCGACAAAAGAAAUAUAGCGUUCCGAUUAACGUUUUGCAAAGCAGCCCUGUAGCCGCAUUAAUCGCAUCGCAUUCCUCCAGUUUAAUUUUGUGUUUUGUUUUCAUUUUUUUUAUGAAAAGUCAAUCACACAUUUUCUCCUAUAAGAUAUUAUUGUUAGACUCGUAAAGCCGCAUUGUUACAUUGCGUACAGAGGCCAAAACACGGAGCCAAAAAUGGCAUUUCGCCAGUCGCAGCACGAAAUGAGCGUCACCUCGCUCGAGCAUCUUGACUCGAGUGUCGAAUUACGAUCGCGUUCGCCGUCGCCGCAAGUGUUUAAUCCGCGCAAGCUGCGCUUCGCCGACGAUGACUUUGACAAGGACCAGCCGGAGAGUCUGAGUCCGCAGCACAAGAAGAAGGCGGCGGCAGACGUGUCCAUGUCACCGCCCUGCCAAAAGGUUCGUGCCCUACGCCUGUUCAGCACUCCUGCCACACCGAAGACGAUCCUGCAGAAGUCGCAGUGCAGCAAUCAUCUGUCUGCUGCGGCAGCGGUGGUCAACGCGUCCCGCCGCGAGGACCUCUUCCGCUUGUCGGAGCGGCCGCGCUGCUUGCCACUGCACAAUCGGAGCAUGCAGCCCCAGGACACGGCCAAUGUGAAUCCCUUCACACCAGACAGUCUCCUGGCCCACAACAAGAAACGUUGUCGCACCCAAGUGGGUCGCGAGAAUCUCAACCUGAAUGUGAAUGCUAUUCAAAAGUAUUUACUCAGCGACACCUGUGAUGAUGAGGGGCCAGAGGAGGUCGGCGACCCUAUGCGCGAGAUACACCAGGCACCCAAGCGCCUGGCCCUGCACGACACGAACAUCAGUCGCUUCAAGCGGGAGUUCAUGCAGGUCCGCGUGAUUGGUGUGGGUGAGUUCGGUGUGGUCUUCCAGUGCGUGAAUCGUCUCGAUGGCUGCAUCUAUGCCAUCAAAAAGAGUAAGAAGCCGGUGGCUGGCAGCUCCUUUGAAAAACGUGCCCUUAAUGAGGUGUGGGCCCAUGCCGUGCUGGGCAAGCACGAUAAUGUGGUGCGUUAUUAUUCCGCCUGGGCGGAGGAUGAUCAUAUGUUGAUACAGAACGAGUUCUGCGAUGGCGGCAGCCUGCAUGCCCGCAUCCAGGAUCAUUGCCUGGGCGAGCCCGAACUGAAGAUUGUUCUGAUGCAUGUGAUCGAGGGCCUGCGCUAUAUACACUCAAAUGAUUUGGUCCACAUGGACCUGAAGCCCGAGAAUAUCUUCUCAACAAUGAAUCCCACUGCCCACAAGCAGAUGGAGGUGCAGGCCAAAGAUGAUGAUGGCGAUGGCAUGGACAGCGUCUAUGAGGAGUUGCGCCAUACCGAAAAUCUGGUGACAUACAAAAUCGGUGAUCUGGGCCAUGUGACGUCCGUGAAGGAGCCGCAUGUGGAGGAGGGCGACUGCCGGUAUUUGCCCAAGGAGCUGCUCAACGAUGACUACUCGAAUCUGUUCAGGGCGGACAUAUUCUCGCUGGGCAUCACCCUGUUCGAGGUGGCUGGCGGUGGACCACUGCCAAAGAAUGGUCCCGACUGGCACAAGCUACGAAACGGCGAGGUGCCCUACCUGUCCACACUGAGCAAGGACUUCAAUGAGCUGAUAGCCCUAAUGAUGCAUCCCGAUCCGGCCCAGAGGCCCACAUCGCAGUCCAUUUUCAGUCAUCCAAUUCUGAGCGCUGUUGACUCCAAGACCAAGAUGCAGCUCGGCCUGGAGCUGACCAUGGAGAGGCGCAAGAACGAGAUACUCAUGAGCAAGCUAAGGGAUGCAAAGAAAACGAUAAAGCAGCUCGAGGCGAAAGUUAACCUGUUGGCUGUGACAAAUAAUCCGGAGAGUGUGGAGGGUCAGCGAUGCCUGCGCUCGUUCACGCGACGUAUGCGCACACCCUUCAGCACCCAUGGCCGAUAUAGCCUGGGCGAUCGUAACAAGAAUGUUAUCACCAAUGUUUGAUAAAAGAGAGACUCAAAUCUCAUCUCUCUCAGAACAUAAUCAUAAACAUACAGAACUACCUACAGACAGCCAAACUCUUCCGAAUCGAACGUGAACAAAGCUCACAUUGUGUUUAGUUUUUAAGCCCUACCUUCUACUCCAACUCGUACUCCUACUCUCGAAUAUGUAGUAUCCUAUAUCUAUAUAUCUUAUAUAUUUUUUUAAAUUUAAACCCACCCCCCCACCAUGCUU